AUGCUUGGAUAAGUAUAUAAAAAUACAAAAAUUAAUAUAAUAGGGAUAAUUUGCUUCUGUUUUUGGUGGAUAUAUUUUAAGCAAUCAAAAUUAACAAAUUGCUAUUAAGAUUAUUAAAACAAAAUAAGAUGAAAAAAAUAAAUAAUCAUAUCAUUAGAAAAUGAAAAAUAUCAAAAGAGAAGGUGAAAAUUAAUAGAAAUUAUAAAGUGAAAAUAUUGUAAAGUAAUUUUUUCAAUUUAUUAGAAUGAUUGCUUUUAUUUAGUAUCAAGAGAACUUUUAUUUUAUUUUAGAGUUUUGUGAAGGGAAAUCCCUUAAAGAUAAAUUAGAUAUAAAUAACCUUUCUUAAAAAGAAAUUCUUAUGAUCUUUAAAUAAAUUCUUAAUGGGUAUAAAGAAUUAAUCAAGAAUUAAAUAAUUCAUAGAGAUCUAAAGCCAGAAAAUAUUUUAUUUUCUAAAGGAAUAGCUAAAAUAGCGGAUUUUGGAUUUUCUAAAAUUUUAGAUGACUUGUAUGAAGUUGGAGUGCAUACAAAUCUGGGAACUCCUUUCUAUUCUGCACCUGAAAUAUCGUCUGGAAAGUAUUCAGCUUAAGCAGAUAUAUGGUCUUUAGGUAUCAUACUUUAUGAAAUGAUAUAUGGUAAAAUCCCUUUUAACAUUUCAAAACAAUGUGAUUUAUAAUAAGAAAAAGAAAGUCCUAUUAUAUAUCCAGAUUAAAAAAAAGUUAGUUCUGAUGUUAUAAUGUUAAUGAAGAGAAUGCUUGUUGUAGAUCCGGAGAAAAGAAUAAGUUGGAAUGAGUUAUUUAAAGAUUAUCUUUCACAAAUGAUAGUUUAUCCAUAAAGUGUAAUUCAAGAUUAAAUUAUUAAUAGGAAACCAUCCUAAUCAAUUAUACUUUUGAAAAAGAUAAAAAGGUGUAAAAUAUCUUUAAUUAUUUUAUUUAUAUUUCAGAUAUUCUUCAAUUUAUCAGAUACUUAAUGAGGGAUGUUUAUAGUCUUAAUAGUAUUGUUUAGUUUUCAAAAUCAUAAUAUUUUCAUUAUACAUUAAUAACUGUAAAGUACAUGUUAAAUGAAAUAAAUUUUUAUUUAAGAAUUUUAAAAGGAUAGAACCUAAUGUCAAUUUUAAUGUUACCAAGCGAUUUUAAUUUGUUUAAGUAGAGCAAUAAAUUUGAAAAAGUUUUACGUAAUUUCCAAUCUAAUGAAAAAAAUUUGCAAUCAUUUUAUACUCAAAUCAAAAGGAGGUAUGAUGAAUAUUUGCAAUCAUCUAAAAAACGCGAAAAAUAAUAGUUAGAGUUAUAUGAACAAGGAUUUUUGUAAAAUGAGAAUGAUUAAAAAUUUUUCGAAGUAUUCAAUUAAAUAUACUUAAAAAUUAUACAUCACAUUAGAUCAAAAUUUAAUCAGAUUUAAGUUAAAGUCGAAGUAAAGGAUAAUUUAUUUAGAACAUUAAUAAAAUUACUAAAUUGUCUUUAACCUCUAGGUUUUACUCAUAAAAAAUUAGAAUCAUUUUAACUUAUAUAAAAACUGCAUUCAUCAUUAAAUUUAGAAAAAGAAUUUGUUUAACUAUAUGCUAAGAUUUUAAGAAGUGAAAAAUGA